AUGGCCGCACCUAAAAGCACAACAAGCACUCGCUUGACUCAGAUCAAGGACUUUCUGACCAUGAACAAGACUGCAAGUCUCUCCAUGCCAUUUGACCCUGACUCAACCAUAUUCCCUACCCGUAAGGAGUUGCCUGAUAUUCCUGGUGCACCUGAAGGAGCUGCUUGGGUCUGGGGUGAGAAUGACAAUAUCGGUCGCCUCAACCUCUUGACUCCAACUCGAGUUGCUGCCGCUGGAAAGGAGAUCAAGAGUGGAGAAAUUGUGCCCGUCAAUCUUCCUCUCAAUACGCCUGAGAUCCCGGCCUUCAAUCGUGAGGUCUUCAAGCAUGAGAUCAAGGUCCUUGCUGAAGAUGUUGCUUAUGAUGAUGUCUAUCACCUCAACACACAGUCGGGCACUCAGUUCGAUGGGUUCCGCCAUUUCGCACAUAUUCCUUCCGGUACAUUCUACAACAACACCAAAGGCUCGGAUAUCGUCGGACCAAGUGCAAAUCACAAGUGUUCGAUUCACCAUUGGGCUGUGCAUGGUAUUGCUGGACGCGGCAUUCUUCUGGACUAUCGCGGCUACGCCCACAAGAAAGGCAUCAACUAUGAUCCUUACGAAUACUAUCCCAUCUCUUUCGAGGAACUCAAGCACUGCGCUGCUGAUCAAGGCAUCGAUAUUCGUCCAGCUGCUCAAGGUGGUGACAUCAAGAUUGGAGAUAUCUUGUUUGUGCGUACUGGUUGGGUUGAAGCAUAUCACAGCAAAUCACCUGCCGAGAGAAAUGAACUGGCUGUAAGACCACAUGCGUUGGGCAAAGAUGAUGGACAGAGAUUCGCAGGAUUGAGCCAGGAGGAACGUAUACUGGACUGGCUUCACGAUUCCUACUUCUCAGCUGUGGCCGGAGACGCUCCUGCUUUUGAAGCCUGGCCAACACAUGAGGAAUACCACCUUCACGAAUAUAUCCUUGCGCUUUGGGGUAUGCCACUGGGCGAGAUGUUGGAUCUUGAGAAACUAUCUCAAACAUGCCGAGAGAAGAACAGAUGGACUUUCUUCUUUACUGCCGCUCCUGCGAAUGUCCAAGGUGGUGUAAGCACACAUGUCAACGGUACGGCAAUCUUCUGA